AUGUCACCUGUGCUCAGCCUCCAGAAAGGUCACCUGUUCUCAGCCUCCAGAAAGGUCACCUGUGCUCAGCCUCCAGAAAGGUCGCCUGUGCUCAGCCUCCAGAAAGGUCGUCUGUGCUCAGCCUCCAGAAAGGUCGCCUGUUCUCAGCCUCCAGAAAGGUCACCUGUGCUCAGCCUCCAGAAAGGUCACCUGUGCUCAGCCUCCAGAAAGGUCACCUGUGCUCAGCCUCCAGAAAGGUCACCUGUGCUCAGCCUCCAGAAAGGUCACCUGUGCUCAGCCUCCAGAAAGGUCACCUGUGCUCAGCCUCCAGAAAGGUCACCUGUGCUCAGCCUCCAGAAAGGUCACCUGUGCUCAGCCUCCAGAAAGGUCACCUGUGCUCAGCCUCCAGAAAGGUCACCUGUGCUCAGCCUCCAGAAAGGUCAUCUGUGCUCAGCCUCCAGAAAGGUCACCUGUUCUCAGCCUCCAGAAAGGUCACCUGUGCUCAGCCUCCAGAAAGGUCACCUGUGCUCAGCCUCCAGAAAGGUCGCCUGUGCUCAGCCUCCAGAAAGGUCGCCUGUGCUCAGCCUCCAGAAAGGUCGCCUGUGCUCAGCCUCCAGAAAGGUCACCUGUGCUCAGCCUCCAGAGAGGUCGCCUGUUCUCAGCCUCCAGAAAGGUCGCCUGUGCUCAGCCUCCAGAAAGGUCACCUGUGCUCAGCCUCCAGAAAGGUCACCUGUGCUCAGCCUCCAGAAAGGUCGCCUGUGCUCAGCCUCCAGAAAGGUCGCCUGUGCUCAGCCUCCAGAAAGGUCACCUGUGCUCAGCCUCCAGAGAGGUCGCCUGUUCUCAGCCUCCAGAAAGGUCGCCUGUGCUCAGCCUCCAGAAAGGUCGCCUGUGCUCAGCCUCCAGAAAGGUCACCUGUGCUCAGCCUCCAGAAAGGUCACCUGUGCUCAUCCUCCUGAAAGGUCACCUGUUCUCAGCCUCCAGAAAGGUCACCUGUGCUCAGCCUCCAGAAAGGUCACCUGUUCUCAGUCUCCAGAAAGGUCACCUGUUCUCAGCCUCCAGAAUAGUCACCUGUGCUCAGUCCCAAGAAAGGUCAUCUGUUCUCAGUUCCCAGAAAGGUCACCUGUCCUCAGUCCCCAGAAAGGCCACCUGUUCUCAUUCCCAAGAAAGGUCAUCUGUUCUCAGUUCCCAGAAAGGUCACCUGUUCUCAGCUUCCAGAAAAUCACAAUAGCGUGA